AUGACAGCUCAAGAUUGGAGUAGCUUGAUGAGCAUUGCCAGUCGAGCGAGCGAAGAGGAAAAACGCCGAUUGCUCCUUGAUGGCAUAUAUCGUAUCGUCGAAAAUUGGCAGGGCCCAUUACCGGAUCUCUUGGAGAUCUUUCGACCCGAAAAAAUCGAGCGUCUUCUCUCGUACGCCGUAACGGACCGAGAGGGCGACGAGAAGGCAAGAAUACGAUUCAUCAAGUUCGUGGUUGACACCGGAUACAGAGACCAGCCCAAAAUUGGCACAGACGGCCGGUACGCGUUGCAUCGCACCACACCGAUACAUCUCGUUUCGCGCGCCCAAGUCCGCGACUCGCCCGGCAUCGUUCACUCGCUGUUUGAAAUCUACGACAGAUUCGACUUGAACUACAUCGACGAAACGGGAUUCACGCAUUUGCACGCGGCUGGCUCUAUCCCCGAUGGACAGCGGCUCGUCGCAAGAUUUCUCGAACACGGGCAGAAUCCUAAUGUCGUCCUAAUUCCAGGUCAUUCGCUGCUACGAUCGGCCGUGCAAAACGACUGGCAGUUGGCUGCGGAGCUACUGAAAAGAGGCGCAAGUCCGACUUGGCGCGAUGCCGAUGGAUCCACUGCUCUGCACGCUAUUUGCCGGGAUGGUCGCGUGAAUCACUUGCUGCAGUUAUUCUUCGAGAUCGUCGACGAGCACAGAGAGCCGGUGCAGGUCGAUGUCCGUGACAGCUUCGGUAACACACCCCUGCACUUGGCCAUGCUUCACGGCAACAAGAGGGCAACCGAGAUACUGCUGGCAAGAGGCGCCGAGCCGAAUUUGGCCAACAAGAAAGGAUGGACACCUCUGCACUUGAUUUACCGGAGAGUCGAAAAAGAUGAGUCGAUAGAGUCGUUUUUCAAGGUCAACGAGGAAAAUCGUCAAACGGUUCAGGUCGAUGUUCGCGACAGGAAGGGUAACACACCGCUGCACUUGACUCUGGAGAACAGCAACGCGUGGGCGUCCGAGAUACUGCUGACAAGAGGCGCCGACGUGAAUUCGGUCAACGAAAAGGGAUCGACACCUCUGCACAUUAUGUGUCAGAAAACCGAAGCCGACUUAUUGGUGAAAAACUUCUUCGCUAUCAACGCCAGAUUAAAUAAUCCGGUGCGGGUCAAUGUCCGUGACAGCUUCGGUAACACACCGCUGCACUUGGCCAUGCUCCACGGCCACAAGAAGGCAACCGAGUCGCUGCUGCGCGCGGGCGCCGAUCCGAAUCUGGCCAACGACAAAGGAGAGACUCCGCUGCACGUUAUUUGCCGGAGAGCCGACGGCUGCGACAUAGUCGAGGUGUUCUUCAAGGUCGUCCGCGAGCUGCGCGGAAAGCCGCAGGUGCAAGUCGAUGCGCGCGACUGCUACGGUAACACGGCGCUGCACUUGGCCGUGCGUCACAGGAGCACGAUGAAGUUCUCGAUACUGCUGGUGAACGGCGCCGAUCCUAAUUUGGCCGAUAACGUCGGAUGUACCGCUCUGCACCUCGUUUGCCACUCAUUGAGACCCUACGGUUCGAUGAGUCGAUUCUUCGAGAUCGUCGACCAAAUGCAACGGCAGGUCCGGCUCGAUGCCCAGGACAACGCGGGCUGGACGCCGCUGCACGUGGCUGUGCAUUCGCGCUGCAAGGGCAAGUUUCAAACGCUGCUGGAGAGAGGCGCCGAUCCGAACGUGGCCAAUCGGGAUGGACAGACCGCUCUGCACUUUCUCGGUAGUAGAAUCCACGACGAUUUCAUGUGGCGUUUCUUCGGUAUCGUCGGCGACACGCGGCGGCCGGUGCUGAUCGAUGCUCGGGACACGAGGGGCCGGACUCCGCUGCUCGUGGCUUUGUUCGCCAAAAACACGAGGGCGGCCAAGAGACUUCUGUCGGUGGGCGCCAAUCCGAAUCUGGCCGACGCGGAUGGAUGGACUCCUCUGCACGUCAUCUGCAUCGAAUGCAAUUGGUUUUUGGACGCGUUCUUCCGAAUCAACGCGGAGAGACAGCAACCGGUGGAGAUCGAUGCCAAGACCAACGAGGGUAGAACGCCGUUGAACUUGUUGAGGAAUCGCAAGCCCUUUAACUACGAGCAAGUGUCGCGAUAUUUGGAGCAACUGGGCGCCGAGCUUGACUGA